AUGAAGAUACAAAAGCCCAUCCUGCCUGGCAUCAUAUACACCAAGGGCAUCAAGGAUGGUCACAACAGUCUCUAUGUGGCCAUGGCAAUGUACCUGUUCCAGGACCAGAACCGGGCUUUGGAGGUAAAGAACAGGGCUAGCAAGUACUUCAAAGAGAACCCUGACUUGUUUCUUGAAGUCAGUCAUCCCCUCGGCAGUGAUUCUAGGAUCAAGCAUCUUGUGGCUACCUUUCAUGGCACUGCAGCUAAGGACAAGAUCAUGAUGGAGGCUGUAGCAGGUCACUUCAAGCAGUCCAUCAUGGUAAUCAGCAAGGUGGAGGACAAGUGGCAAGGCAUUGUUCUGCCUGCUGGAGGCAAAGGUCCUUAUGCAGGCCUAAUCUACAUCCCAGAGAGGAGGCAAUUUGAGCUGGCAUUCCCUGCUGCUUGA